UCUCUCGCUAAAUAACUCAGUUGAGCUUUGAGCGCAUUGACGCGUGGUCGCGCCCGAUUUCGCCCCGCGCAACCUCAACGCGUGGUCAAAUUUACCAUCAAUUUCACGUGUUUACCCGUCACAAACAACAAAUGUGCCACAAUAAAGUGUACAAGUGAUUACUGUUACCUAUUUCGGAAACAUUAACUGUGAUUUUACCGUAGCAAGUGAUAUUUUUAGAAGAUUAUUUUGGUGAUGACUGAUGAUGGGAUCUCUAAGUGUUUGAGACAGCCGGCAUGGUGACUGGAUUGUGUGUUUAUUAGUAGCAAUAAUUAGUAAUUGUAACUAUGGCGGUCGUUAAUUUCGGUGUGUGUUUGGUGUUGGUGUUGUACCAGCUAUCCGCUGCGUACAGUGACGAUCCGUCUUCGGAGUCCACUGAUCUUGGGAAUACUGAAUCAAAACCAGCCAGUGACAGUGAGGGCGUGCGGUGUUACUGCAAUACCGCAGAGUGCGUCGCCACGGGCUAUAUGUGCCGGUCGCCGCACGGCGGAGGCUGCUAUAGCGAGCUGGUGGCACCGAGGAGGACCCACCACGCGAGGCAUGGGUGCUUGCAUCAUUUGGCUGAUACAGAAAAAGAGGCAUUGUCCCACUGCCAGAACUCGCCAGUGUCAGGCGGGACGCCGCCGCCGCCGGACCAUUCUCUGCUGCUGUGCUGCUUCAGGGAUAUGUGCAACCAUGAGGACAGCCCGCUGUCCACCGCUAGGUUCAACGCCUCUGGCAUUGAUUCUGAUGGUAACGCCGUAGCCAGCGAGCGAGGAGCCAGCUACAACGGUGAAGUGUGGUUCAAGGCGGCCACCAUAGCAGUGCCGGUGUGUGGCGCGCUCAUACUGUUCCUGCUGGUGGCAGUCGCUGUGAGGCUGCUGAAGGCAGACGCGCUACUGCACGCUGAUAGGAAACUAAGAGGUGGCUACAUGUCGCCACUAGCACAGCACAAUUCCGAAGACGUAAAGAAGAUCUGGGUGGGCGCGCCGUCUGCCCCACUCCUGGUGACCCCUGGUGGCUGCCUGGUGGCGGUCGAACGGGCCCAGCUGGUGGAUGGACCCAGCCAGCAGUUCUGUGAUAUCCAGCGGUAGACCUGGUGCUCCGUGCCAAAAUGGUGGGUGUACCUUAGGGUUUGUGGUUAGGGCGGGACGCCACGAGUUGAGAUGGAAAGAUGUGGUAGCUGAUGUUUUGAUAUGUCUUUUAAUAGUGCAGGACCAUGUAUGGGUGUCCUAAGUUAACAGACUGAAAUACGAUGCUAGAUUAUUAAGUGUCGUGAAUGAACUUUACAAUAGUAAACUUUUUAUAGUAGACCUAACAGUCUCCGCAUUGCUAGUCUAGAUUAAGGUUAACAUCUACUAUAAAACUUGAAGCCUUGAAGAAUCAAUUUUGUACGUAACCACUUAUUUAUGUUAGUGAGGUUUUAAGAACAUGAUGUUGCCAUGGUAAUAAAAUAUAAAGUGACUGUUGUCAAUGUUAAAUAAGGUCGGAUUUUGCUUAGCAAAUUCAUUGUAAUUUGUAAUAUACAACAUAUCAAUAAACUAUAUUACUUAGGCAUGCUUUUAUUACAAGCCAUUGUACAUAAACAUUGAAUGUAAAAUCUGUUAUAUGUUUUACUGAGUCAAUUUUGAAAUCUAUAUACGAAUUUGUAACUUGUCUCGACGAGAAGUGGUUGUCUCGAUAGUUUGGUACACUAUCCCUAAGUUUUGGACAGGGCACAGGGCAUAUGAAUUUCUUUUAAUUUGCGGGCUGCAACGUGAAUUAGUACCUCAGACGGACGCUUCACGAAAGAGUUCUGACUGCAAUAUUGGAAGCAUUUACUUCAAUAUUAGCAACAUUGACUGCAAUAUUGGCAACAUUGAUUGCAAUAUUGGCAACAUUGGCUUCAAUAUUGGCAACAUUGAUUGCAAUAUUGGCAACAUUGGCUUCAAUAUUGGCAACAUUGACUGCAUUAUUGGCAACAUUGACUGCAAUAUUGGCAGCAAGUGCACCAUAUCGGUCGGGUAGACAGCCAACCUAAAGUUUGGUAUUGCAAUUUCUUAAAAAAUGUUUUACUACAUUGUGUUAAGAACUCUUUUGUGAAACGAUCCAACGAAAUGAUCUGGAGCAGUGUGACUGAGCGACUGAUUAGAUUGUUAUUAUAAAUGUGGUCACACUGAUAUAAUAGGAAAGGGUAGUUCUUGAAAAUAUAGUCUUUCUAAGAAGUGAGGUAAUCGUUUUUCUUCUAACAGUUUUAGCAAAGGUAUUCCUAAAUGACCCAGUGAUGCUUGUAUUACUAGGUUUGGAUAUUUAUAGUCAUCAGUAUUUUUUAAAAUUCUACUAACAUUUUACUAAUCAUUUUAGAAAACAUUAUUUGCCAGUGAGUCUGGAUGCUGGUGUAGUAAAGGGCUCAGUCGCGUCAAAUGUCUUGGUUAGUGUCAAAGUGUUGGUUGGUUGGCUUGGUUGGUCACUAAGCUAUGACUGUGGUAACCUGUCAACACGUGUAGUAGCCCGAAACUUGCAAAUAAUAGAUAGAUUUUUAGAACACAUCAAUGACUGAGGACCCCACGUCGAUCUAAAAUCAUAGUAAACGAAUAACUAACACAUAAAUCAAUAUGUGCGAGGUGUAGGUCCAUUUGUGAAUCUUCUUGUAUUGAUCUCAAAUUUUAUACAUUUUUAACAUACCUACUUUCACGCAGCAGCCCGCGGUAUACCAAAUUACCACAUUGUAUAUUUAAUUUUUAUUAUAUUUAUAAGCGCUUUGUGUUCCUCUAUUAUAAAUCUUUGUAAAUGUACCCCAAUUUCGUUAAUUUUAUUGUAAUUAAGUUUAGUUAAAACGAAGUGUAACGCAUUAGUAAGUUACCAAUUGAAAUAGCCAAUCACAAAACAUAUUUUAAUUACUUUUAAAAGCAUAAUAAUAGAGACACUACAAAAAUGGUAUAACUAUUUCAAUAGAUCUUUUAGUUACAUUUUUUGUAUAAAUAUAAAGCUUUCGUAAUGAUUUCUACACAAUUUAAUGUACUCGUAAACCUACUUUAAUCACAAUAUCGUUAUUUUAUAUUCCAAUGUUAGUCAAGUAUCCCAUUAAACAUUUUAUAUCGCUUAUAGGUACUAUCUUUAUUUUAAUGAAAUAUAUAAUUUUCAUGUUAUAUUACAGUAAAGUGUAUAAAUAGUUAUACCAAAUUAAUUAUUAGUUUUGUAUACUGGCACCACUGUCACUCGUGCAUGCAUUUCCUAUAAUCUUAUUCCUUGUGUAAAUUACUAUUUUAUGUCGUUUGUAAAUAUAGUUUAAGUUAAAAGUUGUUAUCUGUUUAUAAUAAUACUGUAGGGAGACGGCAGACGAUUUCUGAAAGUGGAAUCCAAUGGGAGAUAUACCUAGUCCUUUUUAUCUGAUUUUUUAGCAUAUGUAAAUGAACUUUACGAAAAACUCUCACUUGGAUUUUACUUGUGGUCAGCAGUGAAAAUUAUGGAAAAUGAAUUAAAUUAUUGCGUAGUAUUUUUAUUGAAUUGUUACCUAUAGUUUUGUAUAUAAUAUUAGGGUAUAUUGGCCUGUAUGCUAUCAUGUUUUAGAAUAGUUUUAAGGUACGGUUCCGGCCAGUGAUACCAGUAAGCCGAAAUAGCGACAUAACAGUCACUGUGGUAACAAUAUAAGUCCUUUUUUACAUAGUGUCGUUGUGUAGCUGUAUAGUGGCUCGGAAACAGUAUCUCUAGCAUGAACUGCUUUUGUCUUCGAAUCGUUUGCGUAUUCGACAAAGUUCGAUACUCAAACUUUGAAUUAAAUGAUAAUGUGACAAUUUUGAUGCUCAAAAUAAGUUUCGUGCAACCAUUUCUCAUACCAAGUUCACUUUACGACACGUUCACAAGGGCGCUGUUGUAGUUUUCGUACUAAAUGUUUUGAUGGCGAUUCGAAUACGCAAACGAUUCGAACUCGAAAGUUUUUCGUGCUAGCCGUACAGACCUUAUACGACCAUUAGCCAGAAAUUGUCUCAAAUAAAGCUUCCAUUAAGGUGCCUUACCUUGACGAAUAGAAUUUAAUAAACAUAGGUGCAAAUGAAUGAAAUACUCCAUAUUGUAAUGAUACUUAUAUCUGCGAUCCUAUGUAAAUAUAAUGUGAAUAAAAGAAAUUAUUUUAUAAAUGGA